CAGGAGUGUGUGUUGUCGCGCUGCCCUCGCCCCGCAGAGCAGACAUGCACUGGCGGCGGCCGGGCGCGCCCCUGGGCCUCGCGCCCACGCGGGGGCUCUGAGGCCGCCGCCCCCAUGAGAGCGUCUGGGUGCUGAGUGGCGCGAACUGAGCCAUGCAGCGCUGGACUGCAGCCGCGGCCGUGGCCCUCCUCUGGUCACAACUCACGCUGCUUAACAGUGUUGGGGCACGGCGGGAGCCCAAGAGACCACACCCGCUGGGCCAGCGUACAGAGUCACCCAACACCACGGUGCCCGACAGCGAGGGACUACUGGGCUCUGCUAAGCCACUGGAGGCCUCAGGGCCUGAGUUCUCAGAUGCCCACAUGACAUGGCUGAACUUUGUCCGUCGGCCAGAUGAUGGGGCUUCCAAGAGACGGUGCCGGUGUCGGGACAAGAAUUUGCGAGGCCUCUUAGGUCCCCCAGGCCCCCCUGGGCCCCCUGGACCCCCAGGUCCUCCUGGUGCCAAAUUCACCCCUGAGGCCCUGCUGCAGGAGUUUCAAGAGAUGCUGAAAGAGGCUGCUGAGCGACGGUUCUCAGCACUGCUGGACACAUGGCUGCCUCAGGUGGGUGGCCGGCAACUAAUGGUUGAGGCCUUCCACUGCCGGCUGAAGGGCCCUGUGCUGGUGGACCAAAGGACACUGGUGGAGCUACAGGGCUUCCAGGCUCCCACCACCCAGGGUGCCUUCCUGAGGGGUUCUGGCCUGAGCCUGGUCUCUGGCCGCUUCACAGCCCCCAUCUCUGCCAUCUUCCAGUUCUCUGCCAGCCUGCACGUGGUCAGUGUCUCCACAGACCACAGUGCACUUCAGAGCAGGGCCCGGCUGCGAGCUCGGGACACUGUGCGUGUCCUCAUCUGCUUGGAGUCCUUGUGUCAUCACCACACGUCCCUGGAGACUGUCUCAGGCCUGGAGAGCAACAGCAGGGUCUUUACAGCACAGGUGCAGGGGCUGCUGCAGCUUCAGGCUGGACAGUACGCCUCUGUGUUUGUGGACAAUGGCUCUGGGGUGGCCCUCACCAUCCAGGGAGGCUCCACCUUCUCCGGGGCACUCUUGGGCACGUGAGGGCACCAGGAAGGAACUGCCAGCCACCUUGGGGAGAAGGUGAAGAGGAUCCCUGUGUUGACCCCUGUGGUUACAACAAUAAAGAGCCCUAAGCCUC